GACCGGCAUCAGUAUCCGACGGACCGUUGCCGCCGUUUGGCGAUUACCUAUUAAUAAUAAAAUAUAAGAAAAGUGUAAAAAAAAAAAGUGCGCGUUUUAAUCCGACUUGCCGUUUUUUUUUUUGUUGCAAUUUUCUAAUAUUAUUAUCAUACACCCGUAGCGUUUUUGGCGAAUUUUUCGAAUUUUAAUUCCUAGUUCGAAGAACGGUCGCCCGCUGUGGGUUAAAUAAUAAUAAUAACGCUCUAAAUUAUCGUUGCCGGGUUAUUCGGCGUGUCCAGAUUGACCGGAAGCAGUGAAAACAAGAGCGGAUAUCGACAAACGCGGGCAACAGGUCGUCGUAGCAUUGGUGCAAGAAGCGAAUAAAUAUUUUAACUUAUAAAACAAGGGGAUUUCAUUGAAUUACCGUCAUCAUCAUGUAUUCGUACAUCAAGAAGUUGGGUUUUCUGUACAAAGCGUACGUUCUCACCAUCCUCACGUUGGGCUAUCUGACGUCGGAAAUGGGACAUUUCAUGAUCGGAGUGACCAGCAAGGCGACGGCCAGGGACGUGCACUACGGCGACAUCAAAUGUCAGUUGCUCGAACAACUCGCCGAAUCGUCCGUGUUCAAUUACACGUUACACAGUCGCUGCGACACGUCUCCGGACCAGUUAUCGUGUGAAUCGUUGACCCUGGACGACGGUUCGAAGUACUGUGAAUGGAACUACAACGGUCUCGGUUUCGAAUAUCAACUGUUGGCAGGUCCGGCGUUCAUUGCGGUUUACUCGAUAUGCGGAAUCGGUUUUGGAAUCGCAGCUGACAAGUUCAACAGGGUUCGUCUGUUGUCCCUGUGCACGUUGAUCAGCGCGACGGCCAUUGGUCUGAUCGGAGCAGCUACCAGUUACUGGCAUUUGAUACUCCUUAGAAUUUUGCUUGCUGUUGGCGAGGCUGGUACCAAUCCUUUGUCCACCGGAAUACUGUCGGACUUGUUUUCUGAAGAUAAGAGAGGAUUGGUUAUGGCCAUCUUCAACUGGGGAAUCUACGCUGGUAUCGGUUUGGCUUUCCCCGUCGGUCGGUACGUCACCGAGAUGAACAUCGGUGGAUUGAGUUGGAGAGUGCCAUACUACUUGAGUGGAAUGAUCGGAGUGAUCGUGGCAGCUUUAGCCAUCACCACCAUGAAAGAGCCAAAGAGGACUGUGAUUAGCGAUGAGACUGAAGAAGAAGCGGUGGCUACCGAAGUGGCCAAACCCGGCGCGGAACACAAUAACGUCAGUGUUGCCAACACAACGCCCGGCAACGGUGCUGCCAAUCCCGAGAGCGCGGAAAAGGUCAGCAUUUGGAAAGUUCUGUUCCAACCGAAAAUCUUGAUCCUCUGUAUCGCCGCUUCCAUAAGACACACGGGAGGAUUUUGUUUCGCCUACAACGCGGAUCUGUUUUACCGCGACAUCUUCCCCGGCUACGACAUGGGAUGGUCCUUGUUCGUGGUCACGUUCUUGGUGGGCAGCAUCGGCGUGGUUGUCGGCGGUAUCACUUCGGACAGUAUAGUAAAGAAAUACGGGAUGAGAUCUCGUGUGGCCGUGCUGGCUAUCAGUCAGUUGAUCUCCACGCCUUUCGCUUAUGGAAGCAUUUACUUGGGACCUUUCGGCGCAAUGGUCACACUGGCCAUAUCCUAUUUGUUCGCUGAAAUGUGGUUCGGUAUCUUGUUCGCCAUUCUCGUGGAAUCCGUGCCAAUGUCUGUCCGGUCGACCACGGUGGGCGCUUUUCUUUUCUGGAUGAACAACUUUGGCGGUAACGUUCCUAUGUUCGUAGAACCGGUGAGAAAGGCGUACGACUACAAAACGGCGCUGGCCAUCUUCUACGCGGGUUUCUACUUGCUCAGUUCGGUGAUGUUCGGUAUAAACAUAUUGUUCAUGGGAAAGAAGAAGCAAAAGAAAACCAACAACCACACGUUGGCCGGCAUAGAAAACGGAGGAUUCAAAAACACCGAGUUCGGACUGGGCGGCAAAGGCUUUUCGAUUUCCAAUGUCGAAAAUCAUCUGUAACAAG